AUGCCUAGCGGGGCGAUGUCUGGCCCGGGCGCGGAGGCGGCGGCGGCGGCGGGGGCCGGAGGGCCUCGCCCCCGGAGGAAGCUCCUCACGGCGGAAGAGGCAGAACUGUUCGAGCUGGCGCAGGCGGCGGGGAGCGGCCUCGACCCGGAAGUGUUCAAGAUUCUGCUGGACCUUUUGCGCAUGAAUGUGGCCCCUUUGGCUAUUUUCCAGAUGCUGCGCUCCAUGUGUGCUGGGCAGAGGCUUGUCAGUGCUGAGGCUGCUCCUGAGCCAGCGCGAGAGCCCCCAUUUGUCUCUGCCAAGACCAGUAAAAUCCCUGCACCACUCUCACUUUCCUCUGCCCUUCGACCUCCAAGAAUAAGAGUUACUAAGGCUGUGGUCUACAGUCCUGCUGCAGCUUGCUCGCCUCUCUCUCAAGGUCCCCCUGGCUCUUUCCAGUUUUCUUGCUGCCUGUUCUCUCCUUUUGCAGGGAGAACAAGAACCAGCUCUGCAGCAACUGGGAGCCAAGCUCUGCUAGAUCCCAGCAACCGCGAAGGCUCUGUUCAGCGAGUCCCUCGGCAGCCAAGUGGCAGCAGGCUGCAGAAGGCUGGGUGUCACGUGAAGAGUACAUAAGUGCUUGGAAGAUUGGUGGUUCCAGUAUUAUGGUGAAAUUGCAAUGAAGUGCAUGCACCUAGUCAAGAUGGAUUUGUAAUGUUCCAAAAAUGUCACAUAUAGCUCCUAUCAAGAAAACAAGUACCAAGGUUGUUUCAUCAUGGUUGGGCUGGUUUCCAAAUUCAAAAUGUGGUCAUAGCUGAUGAUAUAGGAUAUACUUUUGCAACUCCCUGUUACAGGUGUGUGUCCUUCCUUCAUAAAGACAUUGUUGGUGCAU